CAGAGGAGGAGGAGGUGGUGCAGGUGGUGCAGCAGCCUCAAAUGCAGAGCUCAAGCGGUCCCCACAUAAAGCAGAAAGAUGGAUGAGUUCUUGCAGCGCACCAAGUCCAUUCUGAUGAGUGGAGAUGAUCUUCCCAGAGUUCAUGCCAUACUUGGAAACAAAGUGUGUGGUCUGGACUCCACGGUUUCAGCCUUAGCCUAUGCCUACUUCCUUUAUAAGACACAUCCAAAUAAUGACCUGUAUGUACCAGUUCUGAACAUAGAUCGAUCAGAAUUCCCUCUCCGGACUGAAGUUGUGUUUGUCAUGCAGCAGCUGAAUAUCACAGACUCUUGUUUAAUCUUCAGAGAUGAAAUAGAUCUCCAUCUGCUGAACAGGGAAGGGAGGCUGAGUGUUACACUGGUUGACCACAAUAUGCUGGCCAGUCCUGACAAUGAACUUGAAACAGCCGUUAUCAAAAUAAUUGACCACAAUGAGCAAGAUCGACUGCAAUCUGUACAUUGUGAAGUGGUCCAGGAGCCAGUAGGAUCAUGUGUCACGCUGAUAGUUUCAGAGAUUCUUCAACAUGCACCAGAGUUGCUUAACAAACAGCUUGCACAUCUAUUCAGAGGAACAAUACUCCUAGAUAGUGUGAAUAUGACUCCGGAAACUGGAAAAGUGACUUCAAAAGAUGAAGAAAUUGUAGCUGCUCUGGAAGAGAGAUUUCCUGAUCUCCCGCCACAGAAAGAGGUUUUUGAUGCUCUGCAACAAGCAAAAUUUGAUGUCACUGGUUUAAGUACUGAACAGAUUUUGCUGAAGGAUUUUAAAGAGCUGUCAGAAGGAGAAACAAAGCUCGCAAUUAGCACUGUAUACACGACCCUGGAGAACUUUCUGUUCCGUCCGAACUUCAUUAAUGAUCUGAAAAUGUUUGCCGGAAGGUACUGCUAUGAUAUUCAUGUUCUGAUGACCAUCUCACUAAAUGAAGGGGGUGAACCGAGUAGGCAGGUUGCCAUCUAUACUGACAACGAUGAUCUGUCCAACAGAGUAUGUUGUACAUUAGAAGAGUGCCAAAAUCCAUGUCUCCAACUGGAGCCAAUAGAGCAUGGAUUUCAAGAGAUCCGAGCAUAUCAGCAAGGGAGCUCCUCAGUCUCUCAGAAACAGAUUGUUCCACUGAUAAAAGACUGUAUUCACAGGCGACAGCAAGGAUUGUCGAUGAACAGGAGAACUUCGUCCACAGAAGCUGUCAAUGGUAGUGCUCCGGUUUCGGAAGGAUCAUCUGGUGUUCUGGAUUUAUCUGGUCCUGAUGUGGAUUCACAGAACACUGAGUAUAUGGGUGAAAAUUUACUGGAUAACUCACAAGUUUUAAAUGCUUCCUUACAGGCUCAUGGUGAUGUUAACGUUGAUCUUAUGAGCCCAGACAGUGGACUAGCCACUAUCCGAAGCAACCGUUCCUCCAAAGAGAGCUCAGUUUUCCUAAGUGAUGAUAGUCCCAUUCGAGAGGCAAUUGGACCAUCAUCCAGCCUCUUGCAGGGCUACGAUAUGUUUAGUUCUUUGCCUGAAGAUGAGACAGUGGAAGAUGGAGUUGCUCCAAUUGAUAAUGCAAAUAGGUUUGAUUUGUUUGGUCUAGAUCUAGUGCAUAGCAAUAACAUUAAGACCGAUUCUUUGGAAGAUAAUCAAGAUUUUUUGGUGAAUGAUGGAAUACCAAAGGCAGAAUUAGCCCCUCAGAAAGAUAAUGAUGUGGAAGCAGUUCCAUUAAGUGAUCAUGUUUCCAUGGAUUUAAUGAAGGAAACCACAAUGUCAACCGAGCUGGUGAAGGCAGAGGAUGAUAAGAUUUACAAUCAAGAUCGUAUUGGAGAUGAACCAGUAAAAGAGCAAGUGAGAUCCCAAAUUUCCUACACAACUGAUGGAAUUGGAAUGGUCAUUGUGGAUAAGAAGGUUCCUCCAACACCCAUGAACAGUCUUGUAGAAGGGUCACCUCUAGAUGAGGGACCUCCUAACAUUUUUGCAGAAGAUGUUAUAGAGAAAAUGAAUGAAAUUGGCAAUGUUGGCUCACACCAAGCAGAUUGUAUGUAUCUCAGGCAAAAGAACGAAUAUGAAUCUACCAAGACCAUGUCAGAGGAAAGCGAUGGCUGGACAUCACAUCAGAAUGAACUGAGUAACACGGUUACUCAAGAUUCUGAUUUAUGGAUGAAGUUUGACCAGGGAUCCAGUCAACUAAAUUUCAAAGACUAUGACAGGUGGAGUGAAUUUGAUCUACAGCCAAAUGUAUCAACAGAAAUAAGUGCUAGUGAUAUAUGGAAUUCAAUUGAGCAAAUCUCUACCCAGGCCUUUGGUGAUGAACCAGCCACGUCAGACGAAUUAGACAAAACCCCAUCAGUCUCUCAUGAUUUGUGGAACAUCUCUGGGAAAGAAACUGUUCUGUCAGGGUUCCAUAAAUUUGAUGAAUAUUACAAGUUUCAAAACGAAAUUCCAUCAGUGUCUGAGAGUUCAGAUGUAGCCGAUAAACAAGAGGAAGGGAAUGAACAGCAAUAUGAAACUACUUUUAAUGUAGGGAAACUUCCUGUGUCAAAGGAAUAUUCAGAUCAACCACGUUUGAGGGAUGAAGCUGUAAAAGGAGCUAUCCAGCCUAUUAAAAUCCUCCCAGAGGUGUCAGACAAUGCUGAACAGAGAAUCCAAAGUUCAGACCAUGAAAAUCCAGUAUGGACGAAACCGAUUUUAGAGACGUAUUUACAUCCUUCUUAUAAUUUGAGUGACCCUAAACAGGAAGUGACUUUGAAUUCAGAUAUAUUGAGUGAACCUAAAAAUGAUGAUGGCCAACCAGUUGCAGAAAAUGCAGAUGAUUGGGCUACAUUUGACCAGGAAGCUAACAGUUCUGCAUCAGACAGUGAUGAUCCAUUAUCUGAAAAAGCCACCCAAAAAACUGUGUGCACCUAUAAUGUAUGUGGUUCAAGACAGGAGAAGAACAAAGGCUUUGAAAAUGUAAAUGUUUGGAAUGAAUCCACACAGGCAGAUAGUCAACUUACUGCACAAGGUCUUGAAACGUGCAAUACUUGUCAACAUGAUAUUAAAUAUUCACCAUCUGACCAUGUGGAAAAGCAGAAUACACAUGCAGACUUGGUUACGGAAGCAAGGAAUGAUUCUGUAUGGGAUAUUACCCAGCCAGCAUUUAAAAUGCAAACCCUGGAAGUACAACAAGAACAUGAUCACAGUCGGACCAUAUUUGAAGCUGUGGAUUCAGCAGAUGCACAGGAACACAAGCCACCAUCUCCACAUUUGUCUGAUGUGUGGAAUGAAUUUGAAAAAAAUAGAUAUUCAUCUUCUGAAAGUUUAGAUGCUUGGGGUGCUCCUGUCAAAACGUUCAGUCAGCAAAGUGUAGAGUUACCAGUUAAACUGAAUAAUUCUGACCAAGAAGCUAGAUAUUCAGCAACUCAAAAUGUGUAUGUGUGGAAUAAGGAACAAGAGAAUCAUCAGCUUCAAGAAGGGAAGCAAAAUCCAUGGAAUAUUUUUGAGCAGGAUAGUGGCCAGUCAACAUUUGAAAGCCAAGCCUGGUACAAUCAGAUGCAAGAGAUCAGUCAGGCAGAUACAGAUCAUCUUGAGAUGUACCAUGCAUCUGACAUUGGAAAACAAUUUGGAAAUGAUAAAAGUCAGGAGAAAGAAAAAGAUCUCACACAGAAUAAUAAGGAAACAACAUUAGACCUUUAUGAUACACACUGUGAAGCUGAAGAGCACAGUCAUUUGUCAAGCCAACAUGACUACAGGCAUCAUGAAUCAGAAUAUCAUGUGAGACCUAUUGAACAUCCAGAUGAACCUUUAGAAAAAGUUUUGAAGCAUCCUGAUCUGUGGAGUGAUUCUGAAUAUGAGUUUAUCCAUUCACCUGGUGAUGUUCUUAUUUCCAAUAAAUUCGAACAUAAGUUAAGUCAGUCAAAUGUGCCAAAUCCUGACGGACAGACAACAGAGAUUGAUAGCAGCUCACUAGAAGUUGAAUAUGUGGAUAAAAGUGACAGCAACCUAGCCUCAAAGAUCUUUGAACACGGAAGCAAUGAGGACAAUAAAUUGAUUUCAGAUGAGGAUGAGAGGAUGGGAGAAAUGGAUUAUAUAGUUGUAGCUGGAAGAGAAAGGAUGUCUGGAGCAGACACAAAUGGACAGGACAAAGAAAAUAUGGUCAUGGAAGAUAUAAAUGCAAGAAUUUUGAACAUUGACUAUCAAGGACAAACUUUGUCAACCUCUCCUUCAAUCACUGUUCAACCAGAGCUCAGUGACAAUGAAAGCAGUGCCUUGGAGAGUUCUUCCACUGAAUAUCUUCCUGCAAACAAAAUCUUAGAUGACCCUUUUAUGAGAACUAAUUGCCAGGAUGAAGGGAAAAUAAAUUUAGAUGAGAAUGCCAGUAUUGAGGAUGAAUUCAAUUAUCAAGUCAAUAUUGAGGAGGAAAUUGAUGAGAAAGCCAGCAUUGAGGAUGAAUUCAAUGAUCAAGUCAAUAUUGAGGAGGAAAUUGAUGAGGAAGCCAGUACUGGGGAUGAAUUCAAUGAGGAAAUCAAUAUCCAGGAUGAAAUCAAUGAGAAAGCUGGCAUCGAGGAUAAAUUCAACAAGCAGGACAAUAUUCAGGAGAAAAUCGAUGAGAAAGCUGAUAUCAAGGAUGAAUUCAAUGAGGAAAUCAAUAUAGAGGACAAGAUUGAUGUGGAAGCCAAUAUCAAGGAUGAAUUCAAGGAGCAAGGCAAGAUUCAGGAAGAAUUUGAUGAAAAAGCCAACAUUGAAGAUGAAUUCAAUAUCAAGGACCCAAUUGAUGAGAAUGUUAGUAUAGAAGACGAAGUUAAUGAACAAGCCAAUAUUCAGGAGAAAAUCGAUGAGAAAGCUGAUAUCAAGGAUGAAUUCAAUGAGGAAAUCAAUAUAGAGGACAAGAUUGAUGUGAAAGCCAGUAUCAAGGAUGAAUUCAAUGAGCAAAGCAAGAUUCAGGAGGAAUUUGAUGAAAAAGCCAACAUUAAAGAUGAAUUCAAUAUCAAGGACACAAUUGAUGAGAAUGUUAGUAUAGAAGAUGAAUUUAAUGAACAAGCCAAUAUUCAGGAGAAAAUCAAUGAGAAAGUUGAUAUCAAGGAUGAAUUCAAUGAGGAAAUCAAUAUAGAGGACAAGAUUGAUGUGGAAGCCAGUAUCACGGAUGAAUUCAAUGAGCAAGGCAAGAUUCAGGAAGAAUUUGAUGAAAAAGCCAACAUUGAAGAUGAAUUCAAUAUCAAGGACACAAUUGAUGAGAAUGUUAGUAUAGAAGAUGAAUUUAAUGAACAAGCCAAUAUUCAGGAGAAAAUCGAUGAGAAAGCUGAUAUCAAGGAUGAAUUCAAUGAGGAAAUCAAUAUAGAGGACAAGAUUGAUGUGGAAGCCAGUAUCAAGGAUGAAUUCAGUGAACAAGGCAAGAUUCAGGCGGAAUUUGAUGAAAAAGCCAACAUUGAAGAUGAAUUCAAUAUCAAGGACACAAUUGAUGAGAAUGUUAGUAUAGAAGACGAAUUUAAUGAACAAGCCAAUAUUCAGGAGAAAAUCGAUGAGAAAGCCAGCGUUGAGGAUGAAUUCAACAAGCGAGGCAAUUUUCAAGCGAAAAUCGAUGACAAAUCCAGUAUUGACAAUGAAUUCAACAAGCAAAGCAAAAUUCAGGAGGAAAUCAAUGAGAAAGCAAACAUAGAGGACAAAUUCAAUGAGGGAAUCAAUAUUGAGGAUACAAUUGAUGAGAAUGCCAGUAUAGUAGAUGAAUUUAAUGAACAAGACAAGAUUGAGGAAGAAAUUGAUGAGAAAAACAGUAUCGAGGAUGAAUUUGAUGAGGAAAUCAAUAUCCAAGGCAACAUUGAUGUAGAAACCAAUAUCGAAGAUGAAUUCAACAAGCAAGGCAAGGUUCAGUUGGAUAUUGAUGAAAAAAACAAUCUAGAGGACAAAUUCAAUGAUCAAGUUAAUAUCCAAGACAAAAUCAGUGAGAAAACCAGGAUUGGGGAAGAAUUCAAUGAGCAAAUUAAUACUCAGGAGGAAAUUGAUGAGAAAACCAGUGUCGAGGAUGAGUUUAAUGAGGAUGGUAAUAUUCAGGAGGAAAUCUAUGAGAUAGCCAGCAUCGAGGAUGAAUUCAGGGAGGAAAUCAAUAUUCAGGAGGAAAUUGAUGACAAAGCAAGUAUUGAGGAUGAAUUCAACGAGCAAGGUAAUAUUCAGGAGAAAAUCAAUGAAAAAGCCAACUUAGAGAAUGAAUUCAAUGAGGAAAUCAAUAUUCAGGAGGAAAUUGAUGACAAAGCAAGUAUUGAGGAUGAAUUCAACGAGCAAGGUAAUAUUCAGGAGAAAAUCAAUGAAAAAGCCAACUUAGAGAAUGAAUUCAAUGAGGAAAUCAAUAUUCAGGAGGAAAUUGAUGAGAAAGCCAACAUUGAGGAUGAAUUCAAUGAGGAAUUCAAUAUCAAGGACACAAUUAAUGAGACAUUAACUAUUGAAGACAAAUUCAAUGAUCAAGGCAAGAUUCAGGAGGAAAUCAAUGAGAAAGCCAGUAUUGGGGAUGAUUUCAAAGAGCAAGUUAAUAUUCAGGAUAAAAUUGGUAAGGUAGCCAGUAUCGAGGACAAAUCCAAUGAUCAAGUUAAUAUUCCGGACGACAUCUAUGAGAAAACCUACCUAGAGGAUGAAAUCAUUGAGGGAAUCGAUAUCCAGGAUGAAAUCAAUGAGAAAGCCAGCAUCGAGGAAGAAUUUGACAAGCAAGGCAAUAUUCAGGAGGAAAUGAAUGAGAAAGCCAGUAUCAAGGAUGAAUUCAGAGAAGAAAUCAAUAAUCAGGAGGAAAUUGAAGAGAGAACCAGUAUCAAGCAUGAAUUCAACAAGCAAGGCAAGACUCAGGAAGAAAUCAAUGAGGAAGCCAGCAUUGAGGAUGAAUUCAAUGAGGAAAUCAAUAUCGAGGACACAAUUGAUGAAAAUGCCAGUAUAGAAGAUGAAUUUAAUGAACAAGGCAAGAUUCAAGAAGAAAUUGAUGAGAAAGCCAGUAUUGAGGAUGAAUUCAAUGAGCAAGGCAAUAUCCAGGAAAAUAAUGAUGAGAAUGCCAUUAUAGAAGAUGAAUUCAACAAGCAGGGCAAGUUUCAGGAGGAAAUCGAUGAGAAAGCCAACAUAGAGAAUGAAUUCAAUGAGGAAAUCAAUAUCCAGGACAAAAUUCAUAUGGAAGCGAGUAUCAAGUAUGAAUUCAAUGAGCAUGGCAAUAUUCAGGAGAAUAUCAAUGAGAAAGCCAGCAUUGAUGACAAAUUCAAUGGGCAAGUUAAUAUCCGGGAAGAAAUUGAUGAGAAAGCCAACAUCCAGGAAGAAUUCAAUGAGCAAAUUAAUAUUCAGGAGGAAAUUGAUGAGGAAACCAGUGUCGAGGAUGAGUUUAAUGAGGAAGGUAAUAUUCAGGAGGAAAUCUAUGAGAUAGCCAGCAUCGAGGAUGAAUUCAGUGACGAAAUCAAUAUUCAGGACGAAAUUGAUGACAAAGCCAGUAUAGAAGACCAAUUCAACGAACAAGACAAUAUCCAGGAAGAAACCAGUAUGAAGAAUGAAUUCAAUGAGGAAAUUGAUAAGAAAGACAGUUUCAAGGACAAUUUUAAUGAGAAGGCUCACAGUGAAGACAGAUCAGAUAGAAAGUUUAAUUCUAAGGAUGAACUAGUUGAGAGAGCUAGUAUUGAGGAAGGAGACACCCAAAGCUGGACAGUGCUAAAUGCAAAUGAGCCAGUUGACAUCUUGUCCGAAAGUAGUAUAACAGAAACAAGUGGAUCUGAAUCAGAGCAUUCAGUCAAAGAACUGGAAGCAAUAAGUUCACUUGCUGAUGGAAAUGCUGCUGCAAAUGAAACUGAAGAAACUAAGGAUGUCCAAAAUAUGAUACAUGAUGUAUCUUUAGAAAUGGAAAGCAUGGUGUGGUCAAAUGAGAUGGUAUCUAUAGAUGGAUCUGAGAGGAUUAUGCCGGAGUUGCCAGUGAGGGAGGUCCACCUUUUAUCUAACACUGUAGAAGGUGAAAAGAUUCUUAACCUUUCGCUACCAGGUCUGACAGAUACUUGUACUUCAACGGAACUACAAGAAAUUAACUCAACUGAACUAAGACUUUCAACUGAAGAUGUACGAUCAAAACCAGAGGAUGUCGGAAUGGACAUUCCCUUUGAUGAGGGAGUGCUAAGUCCCUUAGCUGAAGACAGCAGACCUGCACCACCUAAUUCCCUGAACCUCAAUGGAAUCCAGGCUGGAAGGAAAAAGCUUGCUGCUCCUGAAAUCAACCUUUCACUGGAUCAGAGCGAGGGCUCAAUCCUGUCUGACGACAACCUUGAUACUCCAGAUGACCUAGACAUCAAUGUAGAUGACCUUGAAACCCCCGACGAGGCGGAUUCUCUUGAAUACUCCGGGCAUGGUAAUGAACUGGAGUGGGAAGAUGAGACGCCUAUUGCCACCAACACUGCAAAAGAGGAAGUGGAACCCAUACCGGAAUAUACCGCGGAGCAAGAACGCACAGAUAAUCGGCUGUGGAGGACAGUUGUCAUUGGAGAGCAGGAGCACAGGAUUGACAUGAAGGCCAUUGAACCUUACCAAAAGGUUAUCUCUCAUGGCGGAUACUAUAGUGACGGACUCAAUGCCAUUAUUGUGUUUGCUGCGUGUUUCCUACCAGAGAGUACUGGAGACAACUAUCACUAUGUUAUGGAGAAUCUUUUUUUGUAUGUGAUUAGUACUUUGGAGCUCCUGGUAGCUGAGGACUACCUGAUAGUUUAUCUGAAUGGAGCGACUCCACGAAGGAGAAUGCCAGGAUUUACUUGGAUGAAAAGGUGCUAUCAGAUGAUAGAUAGAAGGCUGAGGAAGAACCUGAAAUCAUUUAUAAUUGUGCAUCCAUCGUGGUUUAUCAGAGCGAUCCUUGCUGUUACUCGGCCUUUCAUUAGUUCAAAGUUCAGCAGUAAGAUAAGAUACGUCAGUAGCCUGACUGAGCUGGAGGAACUGAUUCCAAUGCAACAUGUUCAGAUUCCAGAGGGCAUCAGGAAGUAUGAAGAGAGAAAGUGUCUAAAAAGAAACACAAGACUGGAUGAAGAAUUAAAGGAGUCAUCCGACUCAGCAAAAGUUAGCAGCCUGCAAAGUGAUCCAGAAGCACCUUCAAAUGAACAAGAAAUACAAACAACACCAAGUGAAGGCAUGGAAUAAUUGUGUUGCCUCGGUCUCCGAAUAUUUCUUAGGAUGUUUGUUUUCUGAGUAGCAGCUGUAUUAGUUAACUUCCUUCAUUGAUUCCUGAUUCUUUUGUUCAAACUUAGUUCUUGUUUAUUUUCUGAAGUAUCAUUUUGUGAGUCAUAAACUAAGUCAUGCUGUGUAAAAAUAUCAAAUGGAUUAUUGUGAUAUGUGCCAGUGAUAUAUUUACUUAGAGCUUUGAUUUCAAACAUUGCCCAUUUAAACAAAUAAUCCAGAACCAUAUCAAUUGUCAUAUUUAAAGGAAAUACCUGUCAAUGUUGACAUUUUUCUUUCUCAGUGCUAAAAGUUAAACUAAAUAAGCACCACUUUCCUGAAUUGAGACCUUUGUGUCUGGAUCAAGAUUGGCAGAAGGCCAGUUGUGUAUUUUUGUUAGAUUGUGACAUCUCUUUGCAAAGGAACAGAGAGGAAUGAGGAAGAGCUGUUCAUUGAACCUUCAAACCUUGUUCACUUCCAUUGAAAGGUAACAUGGGUUCUUCAGACUUUUUUGAUCAAUCAUCUCUUUUUGCCAUUUGUAAACCAUGGAAGAUGAUCUUAGAUGUUUUCCCAUAUAAAAAGGUUCAUUAAAAAGGUUUCUCCUCCCCACAAAAAAUAUAUUUUUGACAAAGCUGGAUAUAAAUAAUUUAAUUUGUACAAUAAUUUUCAUAACUUGGUUCCAUUCUGUUGAAAUAUUUACUGAGGAAUUUAAAAUCAAAUUACUUUCCAUUUUUCAUCUUUCUUCAUUCCGAAUUGAUCAUGCCUCCUCUGCCUGGCAUCAGAAAGCCUGUAUGUCCUGUAUGUUUGGGCCCCUCCUACUAUCUGGCCCAAUUGGUCCCAACCUCGCACAAUGAAAAUAAAAGUGGGCUCGAAUCUAAAUUGGGGAGGAUUUUGCACAUGUAAUCUUCAUUUUGGAUAGGUUAACACUUAGACUUCCAGUAGCUCUGGGAAAGUCCACUUUUUAUUUUUCUACAAUUUUAGCUCCCAAUACUGAAAAAAAUUCUAAUAUUACAGUAAUAAUGGCAUUGAUAUUGAAGGUCAUCAUAUUACUGGAAUAUGUAAUAUUAACAAAAGAGAUAUUUUAAAGCCUCAUUCCUGCUCUGACUCCCAUCUCUAUUUUGCAACCCCUGACCCCAUUCCCCUGACCCCCAUUUUCCUUUCUAUGAUUUCUAGUUUUAACUUUUAUUUCAUUAUAUUUAUUAUUUUGAAUAAAAUGUUAUUUUCCUGCCUUCCUCAACUUGUUGUUUUAACGCUGUUUAGUUUUUGGCUUAAUUAAAAAAAAAAUUAAUUAGCUAACCAAGAGGCUGAGCAUUGAAAUUUGACCUGGUGUGUCAUUGGAACCAAGGUUUGGAAGCACAAAGUAAAUGAGUCCUGAAGAGUUAGUUUGUCAGCAGAUUGAAUUCAGUGCCUGUAAAUUGUUUUUUCGUUGUGGUUCUUAAUAGGUAACUACUUUUGCUGGGCCUACCGGGCAACUCAUAGUUUUGUGUGUUUUUUAAAAAAAAUCAUGUAUGCAAAUAAAUGCAACAAGUUAGGGAAGGUUAUUUGUGAAGUUGAGCUAAGUAUGCAUGAGAGAGAGUGAUCAAUUGUAUUUUAAUAAACAAACUAGCAAGGAGCUUGAUAAUUGUCAGGGCAGUAAGAUUAUAUGAAAAUAUAAUGUUCAGCAACACAGUGUUAUUGGUAUUCCAUGGCUGUAGUUUCUUACUCAAAGUGACAACAGCAGCUGUUUCAUUUCCAGUUAAACAGCAGAUAGGUGAUAAUUGGUGCCUAGAAGUUUGGAAAUGUGUCAUCUUGCUCAAAGUAAAUGAACUAAGAAAUUGUGGCAUUUACAAAAUAAGUAUAAGGUUAUUUUCAUAUUUGAAACACUUAAGGUGUGUCAGAUAUUGCCUAUGAAGAAAAACAAUGCCAGUACAAGUCUAGUUCCCAAGGAUCCCAUAAUACUAUCUUUAUCCACAUAUAUACACCAGUACCCACCUAGCAACAGACAAGGAAAUCACUCCUGUGCCAAGGAGAGGGAGGAAAUGUGGGGUUAACUCCUCAAGGUAUCACAGAGGAGAAUGAAAACUGAUCACAAAUCUUAUCUUAAAAGUGUGCUUUAUUUAAUAUGCAAGUUUGUUUUUUUUCUUUUUAAAUGAUAUAUUGACAACUAAGUCUGAUUUCCUGAGAUUGAGUACAAAUCUUUACAAGUUGGAAACAUUUGCACUAUUGUGAGCUUGGACAGCAACUGCAGUGUGCUUCUAUGACAUAUCUUUAAAAAUAAUGACAGUACAUAUGAUUUCAUGCACAUCAUCGGGCUUUCAUUAAACAUUUACCAGUUUGGAGAGUUCCUCGAUUGAUUGGUGUAGUAAAACUUACUAAGAAGCUGUUAUGGGUUUGUCAGAAGGACUUUGAUUAACCAAAUUUAAAAGUAGCUGGAAGACUUUGGGUAGAUCAAUUAAUGACUGAACUAAGAAUCAAGCUGUUUAAUCACUCAAGGAAGUGUUGUCAUUUCAAGCUUUUCUGCAGUAUUGCUUUCUAGUGAUCAGGAUUUAUUACCCAUUAACUUGCAUUUGCAUUGACUUGCACUGAUGAAAAGCAAUGACAGGGAUAAUGCAUUACGCUUUGGGGAGAAUAACAUUUACGUCUGCAGCCAGGCUCCCUUUGUUUUCAAUGAGGCAAAAAAAUAAGUGCCAACUCAGUCCAUCUUCACAGCCAAAUCAUGUUAGAAAAAAGAGAUUCCCCAUAACAUUGGGGAUCUGAUAUGCAAUGAUUUCUUAAUAGAAGAGACCUGAGGGACCUCUGCUCUAAUGCAUUCUACUUUGGGAGUUUGUGUAUUUUUGGAUCAAUUAGUUCCAGUUACUAGAAGGAGUCUUCUCGAGUUCUUUAUAAGGGAUUCUGUUGUAAAUUAGCAUUUCCUAGACCCUCAUUGUGUUAUUUUUUUCUACAGAUAGUGCACACAAAUCCUUUUGAUUCAAACUGCUUUGAAAGACAUUGCUACCUGACAUGUUGAAGUACAUUACCCUGGUAGAUCAUGAAGCAUUCUCAAAACAUUUGCUCCACAUGCUCACGACCGGCCCUGAAAUACAUAAAAUAUAUCUCCGUAAAUAAUGUAACAGGUAACUUGCAACAUAUACUUUUCGAAAUUAUUAUGUACAAGAAAUGGAUGCAUGUUAUGAAAAGUGUGCAAUAUAAAUUCAGUCGGUGAAAGAAUGAAUUGCAAUAUUUGAGCUCAAAAAAUCCUGGCCAGUAUAUCAAUGUAAAUGAGAAACUGCUACAAUUGUAUUUCGGUGUACAACAGGUAGUACUAUCCUUUGAUUGUAAUGUUCAAUAUUGUUAUAAUCUAGAGAAGUUACAAUGUAGUUAAAGCAUUAUGCAAGGCAGGUAUUAGCUGCCUCAUUAUUAUUCUUUGGAAUUUGUUGAUCAGUAGUAGUUUGUAUUAAAAUAUGCUUAAUAUUACAAGUGAUUUAAACCGAGAGUACAGACUGCCAUGCGAUAUAAUUAAAUCGCCAUUUUCAAUGAGUAAACUAUGUCUUUGUUAAGAGUUCAUGAACUACCCAGAAUGAUUGCAAGGAAGAUGAAGGUGUUUGUUAAAUAGCACAUUUUCCUGCAUGACAAGUGACUUAACAUUCUCCUCCCUUCUGUGCCAUAUUAGCUGCACGGAAUUUAGACAGAUACAAGCAAGUAUAACAAUUUUAGCUGCAAUAAAUUCAGCAAUGAAGUCUUAGUGCAGAAAUCAACAUUAUCUCUUUUAAUAUACAAAGACUUUGAGAGAACUGUUAAAGAGUAAUGAGUACGUGAGGGAAUUGAAUGUGUGCAGUAGUCAAAGAGCAAAGAACAAAUUGCACACGUUACUGCUGGCUAAACUACCAUGCCCAGUUCAGCUGCCGUGGUAACCUAAUGUCCUCUGCUAUUGUAUUCUUCAGGCAUUACUAUUUGGAAAGUUCCUGUUAGAUUUUUCUUUCUGUAAAAAUACGAUGUGAAACUUUACAUAUCCUUAAGUACGAUUGCAAUUUGCACUAUUAAAUACUGUGCUGUCCUUUA